AUGGCCCCAGCGGAUUUUAUCGGCGAGGACGACCUGCGCCAGCUCUUCUCGGAAGCCUUCACCUCGUUCUCGCCUCUUGCUGCCCUCGUCGGGGCGGACGCGACGCGGUCCCUGUCGAACCAUGUUAGCAACAAGAAGCAGCUCCUGGCGGUCUCGCUGACGCCGAUUGGGGCGCUGGGUGUUAUGUCUACGGUGUGCAAAGGAACAAACCUAGGCGCCAUCAAAGACCUCCUCGGGGCGGGCGAAAGCGACAUCUACGAUGCCUGCUCCGAACUAGGCUGCGGGAGCCUGCACGGCGUCGUCCCGCUCUUCUCCAAGCGCGGCGGGCUCACCUGCCACAAUAAAACGAGGAACGCGGGUAUCGCUGCCAGCGCCGUCAUCCGUGCGCGAUGGGACCUCUCUGUUGCAGUCUCCUCCGAGUCACAAAGUAAAGGAGAUGAAGACUCGGGCGCACUGGAUUUUCCUGAACUCGCGAAAUUCCUUGAUACAAUACAUAUGAGCACGUUGUCGGGUAGGAUGGAAUGGAGGUGUGGUGAUUCAGAUGCCGGUGGGUAUAAGGAGCAGGGGGAAGUUGUGGCCCGCGUUAGAGCGCUAAUUCUGCAAUCGUGGGAUGGGGUACACGGGACGUGGUCCAAAGACCUCUUUGUCCGUUUCCAAGAGAGCGAGGACGCGCUUAUAUCGAAGGGCGCAGGGGCGAUCGAGCUGCACUGGCUCACACCCUCCAUGCCGCUCGAACAAAACUCCCUAAUCAUCUUCGCCUACAUCGCGUUCUUCACCAUCGUACCCAUCGGGUUCACCCUCGCCGCCACACACCCAUUGGGAUGGCAGGAGGCGCGCGCGUCGGCGCUGCUCCUCGGUGGCCAAGCCGUCCUCUCCUUAGGCCACUUCCUCGCGCAGUGGGUGCUCGGAAGGCAAAGGACGUCGGUGUACGUCGAGCUCCCGAGGCGGAACUUUGCGGAUUCGUGGAUGCUCGUGGACAAUACGUGGUUCACGGGGAAUUUGGCGAGGCGGAGGGUGUCGAAUAAUAGUUUGGCGCCUGGGAGGAUGACGGUUGGACAGCAUGUGUCGAUUAACCCCGUCAUACCGGCGUGGCAGGCCCUUGUUAUCCUCCUCGCGAUUGCGGCGGGGUUUUUGGCGUUUUAUAUUGGUGCGAGAUCUUCGCAUUUGUAUGUUGUGCUGUUCUUGAUCGGAACGUUCUUCUUUGGAAAUCUUCUGAAAGGGUAUAUCAUAACCGUGGCCAACCAAGCCUACGUCACACCCCUCAACAACCCCGGUUACGAAAACGAAGUCGUGCCGCUCCCUGAACGGCGUACCUGGAUGCAGCUGCUUACACGCCUCUUUGACUACCUCCAAUCCGUACCCGCAAGGUUCAAGAGAAAAAGGCGGACCAACGCUCCCGACGCCGACUCGGACGUUGAGUUCCAAGGUGCCCAGUGUAGCCACUCGAUUGGGCUGGACGAAAAGAACGGAUUCUCGCCGGACGUGCAAGUACGGGAAGUUGAAGAUCAGUGGACGUCGGAAGUAUGGCCGGAGGCGCUGAUUCCUCUCCCUAGCUCGGAGGUGUCGUUGCAUCGCCAGCCUUCAACUGCGUCGAGCUCGUCCGGGUCGAGGGUUAAGGAGCGCCCUCGAAACGACACCUAUGAUACAGUGGUAUCACCAUCAGAACCGCAGUCUGAAAGUGCGGCCUUUGGUUCUUCGUCCAAGCUCGUCGAUGGCCUUGAGAGCCCCCUCAACAAGCUGGAAAACGAAAUAUUCGUCCCAGUCAAUCUCAACGAGAAGGCCUGCCUAAAAGUCGACGAAUCCCUCCCCCUUCCUGAAUUGAAGGAAACGGAACCCAACGCACCCCCACCAGUCACCGGCAGCGUCACGAACUGCCAGCACCGAGUAUACGCCAAAAUCGCAUUACGCCGCCACGACUCUAUCGGUCUUUUCUACUUCUCGAGCGCCCAGAUAUGGGGCGUCGCCGCACAUAUCAUUUACGAGACGCUACACGACAAGAUCCAAUGGGAUCCUCACAUGCGCAAAGAGCCGCUCCUCAUUCUUCCUUUCGAGUUUUACGAGCGGACGCCCGGAUCACAAUCAGGCGCUAGCCCCGGAAUCCCAACCUCUGCAACGCUGAUUCUGGCACUGGACGAGACGAUCAAUGAGGACGUGUUUUGGAUGGCGGGGAUGGAGUUUGUCACGAUCCUGUGUGGGGCGUUUACGGAUCGGGAGAGGCUCGUGAGCGAGUACGAAGAGUCGACGAGGGCUGAGUACGUCGCUGCCUACGUGCACUAUGUCACCAAGUACAUCCUCCAGGCGUAUGUGGUGCCCGAGCCGGAGGGUGCGAGUACCAUGGUGGGAGGUACUAAUAAUCUGCUGUUGCAGGCGCCUGAGGUCGCGUUGGGGGACAGGCUUCAGCGAGUACGGAGUAGUGGGAGUAGUGUAGGACAUGGCGCGAGCUCGGGCCAGGAGCUGGCUGCCAGUGCGUACCCUGGAGUGGCGAGUAUGAUGCGUGCGAUAGAUUUGGUGAGAAGGAAGUAUGCGUUCGAUUCGAGUGUGUUCGCUGUUCCGCAGAUGAGGCAGUUUGCGAGGAGUGCGGUGGAGGCUGUGUUAGGGCCUGGAGAGGGGUGGUAG